AUGGAAGUAGUUCCUCGACUUAUUGCCAACAUACACGUAUUGGAUUAUGCCGUCAUGAUUGCCCAUGAUUUGAGAGGACAAUAUUCAUUUGACGAUGGACAUACGAAUGACUUAGAUCCGAAAUUUAUCUCGAUUAUUGAUGAAGCACUAGAACGACUCAUUUUUUCAAAAACACCCGUUACAACCAUCGAUAAUGUUCCACGUCGAGUCGUCUACAUCGAACGUGAAGCAUGUGUCAAAGACGUCGAAUUUCAUCGGUAUCUACACGAGAUAUCCAUAGCUUUUUUUGAUGUUACCAAACCGAAUCUGAACAAGGUCAUCGAGGCAAUUCUUGACGUACUUGGAUCAUAUAAAAGAUCAAUCGAAUCAAUACCAAAAACACCGGAAUGUAAAUUUGUUAAGUAUGUAUUAACAGAGUUUCCGCACAAUUUUGUGAAAUGCAGUUGGUUAGACAAACUACCAGGAAAUAACGGUACUGCUGCAUGUGCCGGAGACAACGUUCCAGUACGAAAACAUACGAAUAAAGAUGGAAUUUUGAAACGACUAGUGGAAGAAAGAUUAUUGAUAUAUGCUGCUCAUAUCGUUGAUUAUUCUCAGCAACCACAUGCCUAUUAUCGUCUUCUGCCAUGCAUAGAUGAAACAGGACAAACAGAAUUUUGCGAUGCGUUGUCUAAGUAUGAUAUUAGUUUGAAUGAUGUGAUUGCGUGCCAUCACAAAUCAUCGAUACCAUCAACAAACAAACCAACAAUGGAUAUGUUUCGAUUUUAUCAAGGCAAAAUGGAGUACAAGAACGAAUGCCAAAAGUAUUUUCCGGAGCAUGAAUUCAUCGAAGAUCUUUAUCCGUGUGUAACAGAAAUGAAAUCGGUGCAACAACACCAGCUACCGAGCCAAACAUCUUGUCAACCGUUGGUGGUAGCAACAGUCGAAGGAUCGUGGCAAGUGGAUGACAGAUUGAAUUCAAUUAGCCGAUUUAGUGUAUCUGAAGAAUUUCAGUUCGAUUCUGAUCACCACUCACGAUCAAGAUUGUACAAAUUUCGUUUGAACAGCGAUAUAAAAUUUGUUGAUCAGGUGUUGGCAGUCUUACGAUUAAUGGUUACUGAGUCAGUGUUCGACGAUGUUGUCCAAAAAUUAAUCGAAUUUCGUAAGUCACAAGAUAUUGAGGACGAAAUUGAAAUUCCAUUGAAUUAUGAGUCCAUACCAUCAACCAUAGCACAAUCAGCCGAUGAGGAAUUAGAAAAAAUAAGACAGUUGACUGUAGCUAGUAAAGAGACUGGAGAUACUGAUCAACCAAGAAGCGCUGAUAGUGGACCGAGAUUUGCGCAUUUCAAUCUAUGGGAUGAUAUACCUAUGAACCUACCAGUUCAGAACGGCCGUAACUCAUCUCGUAUGUCAGUUGACGAUAAACCACAAACAAGAAAACAAAAUAAACAAGUGGAAGAAAAAUCGAUUUUGAAUGUGGUGACAAACGAUGUCAUUUCGGCGCUGAAACGUCCUAACGGUGCAAAGGAUACGAAAGCAAAAAGUCUAUUAUUAAUCGUCUGUUUCGUUUUAGUCCUACAAACUCCUCCAGCUGCAAAAGGUUGCAGUGGCAACCACUGCCAAAAAUGA